AUGCCGGUCCUCCAAGGUGGCGACUGGUACUAUGUGGAGGGUGAGAAGCCAGGUCCUUUGAAGGAGCCAGAGCAAAAGGCUGAGAACAAGGCAGGGCAUCGUCCCCUCAACUCGUACCAGUUGCCCAAAUGGGUUUAUCACCCUGAGCGGGUGAAUCGAAGGAUUGUCAUCAACAAGGAGGACUAUUUUGGAAUGGCCGCGGAUGGUCUGCGGAACUUCGACCUUUGGAAUGUGGCCCAUGUGGCUGCGUGCCAUGAUGAUUUGAAGCUCUUGUCUUUGGCCACACUGGAGCAGUGCAAAGAGCCUAAUCGGUGGGGAAUGACUCCAAUGCACAUGACUGGAUUGGGCCAACAUCCUUAUGGCCCAUCCUUGUGUGUCUUGUGGGAGCUGAUCCAAAUUGGGGCUGCUGAUCCAGAGGCUCUGAAUUCUGCGGAUCAGAGCCCAUGGCACAUUGCCCAGAGGAUGCAGAAACCUUCACAUCUGAAGAAGUGGGAGAAGGUUGUCUUCAAAGGCACUAAGCCGGAUGAAUACGAAGCCCGGAAGCAGGCGCAGCUGAGACCCCGCGGCAAGUUCGCCAGAGCCCUAGGGCUGGAGCCAGUCCAACGUGAGGAUACUUCGAAGCCUCUUCCAGUUUGCUUAGUAUUCCCAGGUCAAGGCUCACAAUACGUGGGCAUGCUGCAGCAGCAGAAGGACCUUCCAGUCGUGCGGCAGAUGUUGACGAAGGCCAAGGAGAUCUUGGGCUACGACCUGGAGGAUGUCAUAGCUAAGGGACCUGAAGAGAAGUUGGAAGCUCAGGAAGCUCCGGGAGCUCAAGGCCGUCCCAAGAUGAAAGGCGCGGACCACCUCGAAACUGCGCCUUUUCUGCAGAUGGAGCCCAAGACUUGGCCGUCGAAUCAACAGUCGUGGCCGGUCACACAGCCUGAGCCCACUUGGGAUGUCUUCCAUCUUUGGCCAUGUGGAGCUUGCGUGCCCUUUCUUGCGAUGAUCAUAUUUCCUUUUCUUGUGCUCUUCUUCGUGAUCUUUUGCGCUAUGAGUUUGGUCACCGGCAUCUUAUGUUCGGGUCCACUGUCCUUUGGCUGUUGCUGUUUGUAUUCCUGGAGAUUCUCCAAGUCCUGGCAGACGGACCUCUAUCAGAAGGUCAUCUACUUGGCGUACUACUUCGAGAAUCGAGGCUUACCACGCCCACAGGUACAUCCCAAAUUUAUGCCGGUGGACGAUAUGAAGCCCAAAAAGAAACUUGAGAAAGAGUAUCUGGACUACGGCUUGAACAUCCAAGUGCCAAAGGGUGGUGAAGAUCAAUUCUUGAAGGAAUACUACACUCCAAAACUCAUGGAGAAUUUCGUGGAAGAUCGUUUGCACUGGCUACCUAUCAGCAUGCAUUAUGCAAGCUUUGGACCAAAUGAAAACCCAGUGGACUAUGUGAUGAGCCAACUGUCACCAAUUUAUCCAGCCAUCUACCAGGAGUGGAACGACAAACACAGCGACGACGCGCUGACCCGCAUCUGUCUCUAUGGCAUCGGCGCUCAUCGCGUCGAGGUGGAAUGCCAAGAUGGUCAGAAGUUCUAUGUGGUCAGGA